CUUUUGUCUCGCAUGUCGGUCGUUUCUGUGUCUAUCGCAACACCUGGCUAUCAUACUUCUACUCUGCUUUUCACUCCCUCGCAUCGCCAAUGUCAAAUAUCGACCAAGACGAGGAGGGUCCCCCCGAGGGUGACGUCGACGAGGAAGUCCUUGAAAAAUGCCUUGAGCAAAUCCUCUCGGCUCUCAUGACUCCGGCCAUAGACGGAGUGUACGCAGUCGUCGAGGCAACCAAAGUGCGCCGCAACCGCUAUCUAGAGAAACAUUCCGGUGACGUGGAGUCUGCAGUGUCUGCAGCCAUUGAAUACAAUGCAAACAUGUCGAGACUGAAAACGUUGCUUGUGAGCUUGGUGCCGGGAGUUGGAGUCCCGGGGAGUCUUAUAGUUCCCGUAUGGAACCAGAUUCGGACUGUUGCACUGAUCGCCUGUUUGUAUGGUUUCGAUGUCAGCGACUCGGACGUGCAGUGUGAUAUAUUGUUGUGCCUUGUUGAGGCUGAUGCGAGGAAGGUGGGGAGGAAGGUAAUGGGCGAGGUCGGUCGGAAGGUUGCUAGGGAGUUGAUCAAGAAGGUGACGUCGAGAGCGACUGCUCGUUUGAUCUCGAAGUUUAUUCCGUUCGGAGCGAUGUACGAUGUGUUGACCGAUUCGUCGGUCGGCGUUGGUAAACAUGCUCAAAAAUAUUUCAGGGCACAGGCCAGUACAUCAGAAGGCUCUCUCAUGCUUCAACGUGUGGAGAAGGAGUCACUGGAUGACGACCAGAAGCUUGACCUCUUAUCAAAGGCUCAUAAACUGUUUGAGCUUGGGGAGGAACCGGAGCUUAUAGCGAAGGUGGAAAAGCUACAACACAAUAUACGGGAAUUUGGAAGUGACAUCAGAACACAAAUUCCGGGAAAGAGUAUAUUUGGCUUGCUACAAGCAUUUGUUAGUCUUAUAUUCCAAUUUCUGAACUCUAUACUGCAGCUUGUGUUGCUCGCUUUGAAAUCCGUAUAUUGGAUGUUUGCUGGUAACAGAGAAGAGUAGGAUAGAUAGAUAGGUAGGGAGAUUGUGUGUGGUUUAUGUGUAAGACCUGAAAUGGAUAUGUGAUUUGU